GGUACCUAUAGCCUUCGGCAUCAGAAUGGUUCUGUGCCACGUGAAAAGGUGAUGCGCUAUCCGCACGGAAUGCGACCACCAGAGAUCGCUGGCAUCACGCUGGAGCAGCUCCAGAAGGUCUACACGGAUCACCAAGAGUGGCUCGAUUCGCCCAAGUGGAACCCCUUCGCCAGGAAGUGCAAUUACCAACGAUGUAUGACGUGGUGCCCAUGAUCAUCAAGCCUGCCACAGCAAACACCCAAGGCUCCUACGCUGAGCUCUUUACCCAAAAGGCAGUGGAUGUCUUCGUGUCGCAUUGGUGGGGCCACGAAUUCUCCGAGUUCGUAAAGGCAUUGGAACACGCCGCUAUUGAGCUGGUGGCGAAUGAGUUGAAAGACCGGGAAGCUGCCAGCUUAGUGUUCUGGAUUUGUUCCUUCGCCAACGCCCAGUGGACGGUGAAUUUGGGCAGUUCCCUCGAGAUGUCGCCCUUCGAACGCGCGCUCGCCAGCAGGACCUGCAAAGCCGUGGUGAUGGUCAUGGACGAACAAGCCAUGCCCUUGACGAGGAUCUGGUGUAUCUAUGAGGUUCUCCGAACUUCUGUCCUCUCCUUGCCAUUUUAUGUGGCUACCAAAGACGGUGUGCUCCUGGGGGAGCGCGUACAGGAGAGGCCACGCUUGGCACAGACUUUGUUGGCCUUAGCUGAGAGGCUCUUGCAGCUGCAACCUGAGGAAGCCGCGGCCAGCAAUGAUGAGGACAAGCGCAUGAUCGUGGACGCCGUCUCCGACGCGGUGGGCCUUCCGCAGUUUGCCCUGGCCGUGCAGAGUUCGUUGUUCGAAAUCCUGCGGAAGGCUGGUUAUGCCUUAUUCUCCAAGAACUGGGUCCUCAACUUCCGCUUGCUCCAAGUGCAUCGGUCGGCCUCGCGGGAAGUUUACUGGUUGCACGAUCCUAAGAAGCGACACAGGAUCCGCUUCAAGCGAGACCAGCCGCCAGAGAUGCGCAGUGCCUUCCACCGGGCAGCACAAGAGGGCGACCGAGAGAAGUUGAAGCAACUUCUGCGGGAAGAUGAAACGAAGCUGCGACACAUCCAAGAGCUGAAGGCGCAAGAGGCUUCCUUGCGUGGCGUAACAGACUGCUACCAGAAACGCUACGACAUUCAAAAUCAGAUUGAACAUGCGACCAGUCAGUUGACGGUUCAUGUCGACGAGUUGGGGCAGGAGGCGAUUCACCUGGCUGCCAGAUACAGCGAGCCUCAGACCUUCCAGACCUUGGUGCACAUGGGCCGAGAUCCGCUACAUGCCCGAGACUUCCUGGGACGCUUACCACUGCACCGGGCUGCCGAGUCAGGUGACCCGGUGAUGGUCGAAGCCGUAGUGGCCUUCUAUCGGCGGGAGGAGAUUCUGCAGGAGCUGGACAAAAAGCAGCACAGCGCUCUGGACCUGGCCGUGUUGUCCGGCAGCGUUGGGGCUGUAGAAGCUCUGGGGAUCGAUGCCAGCUUCAUGGAGAAGAAGCGCACGCCGCUACACCUGGCGGCACAAUGGAAUCAUGUGGAGGUCUUACAGUUCUUGUUCUCGCGGGGCUUUGCCUUGGAAGCCGUUGACAGCGACCAGACGCGGCCGCUGCAUUUGGCGGCGCGCUUUGGGCAUAGCCAAGCGGUGGCAAAGCUUAUUGGUAAGCAGAGCAAGUGCAAGCUGGGCAAGCGGGGCAAACGGGGCAAGGCGCAUUUGCCGCCCUUCGUCAUGAUGGGUCUGUCGCCACCUGGGGUCCAAGCCAAAUUGAAGGGAGUGACGCAGAUUCACAGCACGCAUACUGCAUUCGCUGGGAGCAUUGUGAAUGUUCAGGGCAACCCUUAUGCAUUUGCAGCUGUCACGGAGGAAGGGCCGCUUGUCACCUGGGGAAAGGCCACCUUGGGGGGCGAUAGUUCUGUGAUACGAGAAAGUCCGGCAAGUCACACCCUCUUUGAACGGUUCAUACAUGGGUCUGCCAAAGAGUUUGCAGCAGUGCGCUACAAUGGAUCCAUUGUUACAUGGGGAGCGCAGGACGGAGGCGGGGACAGCUCCGCAGUGCAAUCUGCGUUUGCCACUUUCUAG